AUGUAUUCCUUGGAAAUCCUGAGUGUCAAUCAUUGUGAUGAAACAAGCGACGAUUACAUCAAAGUAGAAAAAGAAAACAUUGAAAGACAGUUUUACCACGGGGAAAGAGUGACCUGGUUGCGUUUCUGGCUUGCAGAGAAUACGUUUGUUGGAGAAGUGAUUCAAAGGGAUGCAUACAGGUAGGUCUCCGAACUUCUCACUGACACUAUGAAAUGGGGUGUAGACAGACCUGUGAACAGUAUCAACAUCUACCAUCACCCAGGAAGCGGUGGGAAGCACAGUGGGAAGGCAGGUGCUGUGGAACAAGAGGAAAGACCUAAGAUGUGCUGUUGUGAAGCCGUCAUACUCAGCAGCCACUGUAUCUGAACAUGCUGUUCAACUCCGAGAGUAUGAGGAAAAAGAUCCUGAGAAAUGUCUCCCAGUGCUCCUGUUGAUAGAGGACUGUGACAAAGAAUACCUUGAUGAGAUGAGGAAUUAA